AUCUCCUCUGUGUUUUUUAGACAGAGAAACCCAAAAGAGAAACACAAAAAACACACACAAAUCCAUUAAUGUCUUCUUUAAUCACCAAAAUCAUCAUCAUCAUCAUGUAAUUAUCAAACCUUAAACCCAUCUAAACAAAAACCCAAAAUGGAUCAAAACACAAAACGAUCUAAAACAGUCAACCGAGUCAACUCAGUACACCCAUCCGAGUUAACCCGGUUUCCAGACGAGUUACUAGAACGAGUUCUGUCACUAAUAAACUCAAACAAAGACCGUAGCUCAGUAUCUCUUGUAUGCAAAGAUUGGUACCACGCAGAACGAUGGAGCAGGCGCCACGUGUUCAUCGGAAACUGUUACUCAGUGACACCCGAGAUUGUCGUCGCUAGAUUUCCAAAGAUUCAAAGUUUGACCCUUAAAGGAAAACCAAGAUUUUCUGAUUUUAAUUUGGUCCCUGAUGAUUGGGGUGCUGAUGUUUUUCCUUGGUUGGAUGUUUUAGCGACGGCUUAUUCUUCGUCGCUAGAAGAAUUAAGGUUGAAAAGAAUGGUUGUUAGUGACGAAAGUUUGGAGUUUUUAGCGACGAAAUUUGUUGGGUUUAAGAAGUUGUCGCUAUUAAGUUGUGAUGGGUUUAGUACUGAUGGGCUUAAAGCUAUUGCCACUCAUUGCAAGAACUUGACAGAAUUGGAUAUCCAAGAAAAUGGGAUUGAUGAUCUUGGUGGCCAUUGGUUAAGUUGCUUCCCAGAAAGCUUAACUUCACUAGAAAUUCUUAACUUUGCAAGCUUGAACAGUGAAGUCAGUUUUGACGCCCUUGAAAAGCUCAUUUCUAGAUGUAAAUCUUUACGGGUUUUAAAAGUUAAUCGCAAUGUAAGUUUGGAUCAAUUGCAAAAGCUUCUUUCACAUGCUCCUCAACUGGUGGAACUUGGUACUGGAACCUUCAUGCAAGAACUGGUCUCAGGUCCAGUCAAGGAGCUCAAAAAUACAUUCAGUAAAUGUAAAAAACUACAAACUCUUUCGGGUUUUUGGGAUGCCACUCCACUUUAUCUCCCAGUUAUAUUUCCUGCUUGUGCCAGUCUCACGUUUUUGAAUUUGAGCUACGCAACUUUACUUAGUGUGGAACUUGCCAAUCUUCUUUCUCACUGUAAAAGUCUUCGUCGCCUCUGGCUUCUUGAUACUGUAGGUGAUAAGGGCCUAGAAGCUGUUGGAUCUUGCUGCCCAUUACUUGAAGAACUUAGAGUUUUUCCAGCCGACCCGUUUGACCAAGAAAUCUUCCUUGGUGUGACUGAAUCCGGAUUUGUAGCAGUUUCCCGUGGCUGCCCAAAACUCCAUUAUGUUCUAUACUUUUGUCGCCAAAUGACAAACGCUGCUGUUGCCACCAUUGCCAGAAACUGCCCGGAUUUCACUCACUUCCGUCUUUGCAUAAUGAGCCCAGGUCAACCUGAUUAUUUGACCAAGGAGCCAAUGGACGAAGGAUUUGGCGCCAUUGUCAAGACUUGUACUAAGCUUCAACGGCUUGCAGUGUCUGGUCUCUUAACUGACCGUACAUUCGAGUACAUUGGAAAAUACGCCAAAAAUCUAGAAACACUAUCCGUGGCUUUUGCAGGCAGUAGUGAUCUGGGAAUGGAGUGUGUAUUGGGAGGCUGCCCAAAACUGAAGAAGCUUGAGAUACGAGACUGCCCGUUUGGGAAUGCUGCUUUGCUUUCGGGUUUGACCAAAUACGAGUCAAUGCGAUCCUUAUGGAUGUCUGCUUGUAAUCUGACUAUGAAUGGUUGUAGGGAAUUGGCUAAAGAGAAACCUAGGUUAAAUGUUGAGGUGAUGAAAGACGAAGGUAGUGAUGAUAGCCAGGCUCAUAAACUUUAUGUCUAUCGAACCGUGGCUGGACCACGAAGGGAUGCACCACCAUUUGUUCUCACCCUCUGAUUUCAACCCAAUCCGAUUUGGUGCUGGUGCAUCACAACAGCCAAAGAACAAGCUACAAGGUGCAUACUUGUGGUGAUUUGCUAAUGGAUCCACCAUAACUUACAAAUCUGAUUCUGGUAAUUUGGCAAAGGCACUUCAGAAAGGUCUGUGAUAGUUCUGCAACCGAUCAAUAAGAUGUAUAUACGUCGCUUGUGAAAGUAAACUGGUAUUCUUCUUACUUCGGUUUCGUGAUCUUUCUCUUUUACGUGGGAUAAGGUUAGCAAUUUCAUUUGGUAGACGAGAUAUAACUGAUAAUGAAUAGCACACAUCAUUAUUCAUGAGCUUCUUCCUGCUUUAUACUGCAAGAUUGUGCACUCGUCUCUGAACUAAAAAACAUAUGUCUGAGAAUUUGUCUAUUCUAUGGCAAAUUUCAAUUGUUAUGACAUUGUUUGGAUCUUUGUAUUAAUAAUGAUCAUUACAUAAUAAGCUGCAAUAAGACCGAUUUUAGAACAUGGUUUUUGGAUGAGGAUGUCCCAUUUGAAGUUGUGUUACUUGGAUAAACAAAUGUUUUAAUUCAAUUUGAUGAAUUAUUUGAAGGAUUAGUGGAUCAGUUUGGUGAAAAAGGUGAUGUGAAAUGAAUAUUGUGUUCAUCAUUCUUAGUGUUGGUGUAGUUAAUGCUGAUUUAUCAAGAAUUUAGAAACUGAUCAUUAUGAUUUCUAAGUCGUAGUGGUUAGAUGAUCAGUGUUCCUACAGAAAUUCAGAAACUGAAUUGCCUUCAGAACUCACAUUGGCGCCUUGGCGGAAUACAGAUCCUUGAUCCAUUUGAGUUGAAACAAAAGAAGAAUUUGACUUGAACUGAACAGCAUCCAACCUUACUACGUACCAAACCCAUCUAGAUAUUUGUUAUCAUUUUGUUAUUCAAAAGAGCAACAUUAUGUCACAAACCGUUUCAAAACGUGAAAUAACACCCGUUUGCAAACAA